GGGAAUUUAUAAUUUACGUCAAUCGUCAAUGUCAAUUUUCAAUGCGAUGUCAAUUGUCAGUCAACGGAACGGAAUACAAAAUGGAAAAUUUGAAAGUCCAAACGAAAAUUAAAACAGUAAAACAAACUGUUUUAGACCAAUUUGCCUUUUUAACAAAUCAGCAGGAAAAAGUGCGCUUGAAAAGUAGUUUAAUUAUAUUGAAACAUCUAAAUCAGAACGACAGUGAGGAAAAAGAAAUCGAAAUAAAAUAUGUACUGGGCCGAAUAAUCAGAGGUUUAGGAUCAUCCACAAGUGACGCCAGAGCCGGAUUUUUUACUAUCUUAGUAGCACUUUUAAAUGUCGAGAAAAUUAGCGUUGAAGAAAUAUUCAUUCUUGUGCAGAAACACUUGCACACAGCUGGUAGCAAUUCUAAAUCGGAAAAUGCUGACGUCUUAACAGGACAAAUUCUGGCAAAUGGUGCUAUUGUUCGGUCUAAUAUUUGGAAGGAUGCUACAGAUAAAGAUAAAAUCAAAGUUAUAACAUCUAUUUUGAGUGCAUGCAAAGAAAGAAGUUAUCAAGGAUUAUUAGCUUAUGAAUUUAUUAUUCAAUCUUUUGAAAAGAUUGAUGAAGAAGAGUUUUAUGAAUUAUGUCCACUUUUAAAAGAUAUAAUUUCAAUUCCAUUACAAAAUUACACAGUAGAUACUUUAUAUUUACUAUGUUAUAUGAAGAAAAAAUACCCAAAUCUUCCCAAAAGUAUGAAAUCUAUUAUACAAUAUCCUGAUAUUUUUUCAGAAGAGAAUGUAAAAAAGCUGAGCAAUAUUUUGACGAUAAUACCUAGACUAGCAACUUUACAACACCCUGUAUAUGACAUAAUUGGUGAAGAAAUAGCUGCUUCAGAAACACUUGAUGUGUUUUUAGAAAAUGUCGACUAUUGUUUGGAUAUGCCUAAUAGAAAUAAAUUACUUGUCGUUAUUAAAUUAUUUACCAAAAUUUUGGAAAAAUUACCAGACCAGUCACGCAUUUCAAACAUUUUGACCAAAAAUUUCAUACAUCAGACCCUGAAUCAUUUCAAAACUUUGAAAGGAAAAGAUCAAGACGUCGAAUUUAAACAAAGUAUAAAUAUAUUUUUUGAUAAAUUAAUAGAAGUCGUAAAAGGAGAGGAAGUUGAAUCAAAUACCAAAAUUCAUCUUUUAAAAAAGCUGUUAUUUUCACCUGGUACGUUCAUCUUUGAAAAAAUUACACAUUCCAAAGUUAUACAGAAUAUAACAUGGAGUUUGGACACAGAAGGUGUUAAAAAAUUAGGUGAAGUUUAUAGAGGUGUGAUUGACGGUACAGAAAUCAUUGAAAGUCAGUAUGGACAUGCGGAUUAUUGGCUAAAUAACGACAAACUUUAUGCUGCUCAUCUCUUAAUAAAACUUUUAAAUCACAAAGCAAUGAAAGAGGACUACCAGUGGAAGGUAGACCAACUUAUUUUCCUUAUGGAGCUGGGAGUUUUAAAGGGGAAUAAAAUCCACAUUGGGGUUGAGUUGGCAGCUUCACUUAAAACUGCAUUUUUUGGUGCCCUCGACCUGAAACUUCAAAAACUGGAAGAACUACACAACAUUCUUUCACAAGUCGUCCUACAUUUAGACUCAAAAUUAACUCCCGAAAAUUUAGAUACCAUCCUAAGGAGCCCAAUCAGCAAUGAAGAUUACGCAAUUUGGGAAAAAACUAUUGCAACAAUCAAGAAAAUUGAAAAGAAGAAGAAAAAAGGUGGAUUAAGAUCAGUGUUCUUAACUCUUUUCCUACAUUUGGGUCUACUUUUAUUCAACGAUUCUAAAUUAGCAACGGAUUCUCUAAAUGAGCUUUUUAUUUGCUUUGAACAAACCAGGAAACGUCGGAAAGACAGUGAUACAUUGAACGAGACCGAGAUUCAAGACAGUAAUGCAGAUUUGAUGUGGAUAGAAGUAGUUACAGAUCUUUUUUUGAACUUCCUAUCACAAAAUUCUUCAUUAUUAAGAACUAUCGUCAACCUCGUUUUUCCAUAUUUAUGCGAGUACAUGACUGAUAAUACUCUCCAUCAGUUGGUAUCUGUAUUAGACCCAGAAAAUGAAAAUCCUCUAUCAAAAGGCAAUGCUGCCAGUGACGAAGACUCUGAGGAAGAUUCUGAUAAAGAAGACUCUGAAGAUGAAGGGGAUGAUGACGACGAGGAAAAUGAAGACGAUGAAGAAGAUGAUGAUGACAAUCAAGAUGAAACUGUUAAUGACAAACUUCGUAUGGCAUUACACAAAGUUUUAAUAUCAAAUGGCUACAAAUCUGAUGAGGAAAGCAUAGAUCUGGAUCAAAUGAGUGAUACAGAAGGUGAGAAGUUAGAUAAAGCCUUAGGGAAAGCUUUUAAACAGUUUAGGCCUAACCACGGCAAGCGUAAAAAGCAAAAUGAAGAUCAAAGGACUUUAACUCAUUUCAGAAUAAGGGUUUUGGAUUUGAUUGAUACUUAUUUGGAUUCUACUCCAUCUAUGAUUCGAACAUUGGAGAUAAUGUUACCUUUAUUGAAGACUGUUGAGUUCAGUGUAAGAGAUGAACACCAAAGACCUUUACUAAACAGAUUAAAGUCGUGUUUAAAGAAACUGUCGAAUUUAAAGAAAUUUGGAGAUAUAGAUGGUGUUGAUAAUACCGUUUUAAGUGAAUUAUUAAAAAGUUUAUUAGAUAAAGGUACCAAAAGUACUUGGAUCUUACAAGAUAUGGGAGAACAAAUCACAGAUUGCUGUAUUUAUGUCAUUAAAUGUUCCGAUUUACUAAUUAACAAUGAAGCAACUCCAAAAAAAGUUAAAAAGCGCCUUAAAAAUUCUAUAACCGAAAUAAUUACUAGCGAAUUAGAAAUGUACUUCAAUAAAAGAGAGUGUGUAACGCCAAUUUUGUUUUUCAAAAAAGUUCAGCAACUUUGUUGGGACGGUAACCUCACUUUAAUACCUUUAAUUUUAAGGUACAUCUUUGACGAUAAUGUAAAGGUAUUCAGAAAAUCCCAAGCUGCGGAAUUAGCCACUUUAUUCUACUCAAAUCAAAGGUAUUUGAGUACUAAACCAGAAGAAAUCAAAGAAACUCUAAAUGACAGCCAUUCAGAGUUUUCAUUAAACAUUGUAACAAUGUUUAAAAACUUCUGUGAUAAUUCUAAUACGAAAAACGCUUCAGAAAAAUUCCUCUGCCACAUAUUUAAACUACUAUCUGCAAUGAAAAGUUGUUGUUUAAGUAUAGACAGCAUCAAAUGGCCGGAAAUAGCAGAAAUUAUUAGAGAAUAUAGAAGUUCUGUAUCCCUAUCAAAAGAUGCAAAGUCUGCUUUUAACAAGUUAUGUGACCGGCUUCACGUUUCUAAUGUGGUUAAAAUGAAACCAAAAUUGAACUCCCUUAAACAAAUUGAAGAAAAAAAUAGCGAAAAUGGCGAUAAAAAGAAAAACAAGAAAAAGAAUAACAAAGAAAAUUUGAAAUUGAAGAAGGAAGCAAAACAACUAAGGUUGCAAAGUUUGUCUGAAGGGUUAAGAAGCUUAGAUUUCGCUGCGGCGAACGACGUAGAAAUGCAAGAAGAUGAUAAUGACGAUAGUAGUAAAACAAGUCUAAAAAAGAGAAAACAUAAAAAUAGUGAAGGCGGAGAAAUAGAUGAAGAAAGUAGUCCAAAUAAAUCGUCCAAAAACAUUAAUAAAGCCGAUGUUGAAGCUGAAUCAGUUUUGCUCAAUGGAACAAGCAAAAGUGGUAAAAGUAAGAAGAAAAAGAUUAAAUAA